GCAAAGACAACGAUGUGACUUAUUUGUGCUCUCUUUAUUAUAUUUUAGCGUGUCGUGAAAAUGUUAAAAUUAGUGUAUAUUAUAGUACUACUUUGCAUAAUAAACAUUAGUAUGGUGUGCAUGCAGUCAAAUGAUCAAAGAGAAGAGAGAUUAGUUACUUACCACAGAUGUCUCCUGGAUUUACAUUGUCAAAAUAUAAAUGAAAAUUCUUUUUGCUUUGACAAUGAUAACAACAGAGUGGGAAGGUGUAAAUGCAUCGAUGGAUAUGAACUUUUAAGUAGAAACAGAACUUUUUUCGCUUGUCUUCAAAAUGCAGGUUGGGAAGAACCUUGCGAAAAAAAUAUUCAGUGUUACUCUACUUUGAGUACUGAUGCAGUAUGUGAUGGUGUAU